UGACUGUAAGCAAUGAUUUUAAAUUUAAAUAUCGUUAGCUUUAAUAACACUCAAUAUUAACUGCAUUUAAAUGUGUGUAUAAAUAGUGUAUAAAUAGUGACAAACAUUGCUUUUACUUAUAAAUUAUAAUUAAUUUAAUAAUUGAAAAAAUUGAUGACUUUUUGUUUACUAAUUGAUUGGACGCACCAUUUGUUUGGUCACAAGACUCACAAUUGAUAUAUUGUAUGCAAUGAACAAUCACUUUGAAGUUGAAAAUCAGAUCCGAUUGGCGCAGACAAUGAUGGACAGUGCCAUCACUGGCGCACCACUGGCCCGAUGGCAACGCAAGAGGUUAGAGACGUCGACAUCCAGUGUCAACAACUCACUGAAUGCUUCACUUCAUCUGAAUUGUGCCAUCGAUUCAAUGAACAAUUUAUCACUUAAUAUCUCGACAAAUAAUACCAACCAAAUAAUAAAUGGCAGCAAAACACCUAACAAGACACCCACUAAUAGGGCCACACCUAAUAGGACUCCCGCACACACACUAAAGCAAUGUAAUAGUACUAAUAAAUGUAAGACACCGAAGACACCCUGCAAUGGUGCCGACCGUUUCAUUCCCAACAGAAAUGCCAUGAAUGCAGAUAUCAGUCAUUAUUUGAUAAUGAACAGCAAAGAGAACGAUUGUCAGGACACUGAUCCCAACACUCAAAGUAAUUCAAAUCAAGCGGCUAUUAGUGAGAAUUUGGUCGGAGAUCUGUCUAACUUUAGGAUAAUGUGUUACCAGAAUAAGGCUCCGAUUGCAGCUGAAGGACAAUCAAACAAUUUGAAAGUGUUGUACAGUUCGAGUAAAUGCAGUUCUUCGACAAAGAAAAGUCAGAGAUAUAUCCCGACACAACCCGAACGUAUAUUGGAUGCGCCGGACGUCAAAAAUGACUAUUAUUUGCAGUUAAUUGAUUGGAACGCUUCCAACAUCUUAGCGGUGGCUCUUAUGAGAGAAAUAUAUUUGUGGAACGCAAACACUGGAGAUAUCACUAAUUUGAUGACAUUAGAUGAGGAACAGUAUAUCGCUUCUGUUUCAUGGAUAGAGGAGGGCAACCAUCUAGCAAUCGGUACCAGUGAAGGAGAUAUCCAACUUUGGGACACAGAUAGAGUCAAACGACUGAGAACAAUGAAAACUGGUUCGGGACGUGUCGGUAGUAUGAGUUGGAACUCAUAUAUUAUAAGUGGUGGCACCAAAACUGGCAAUAUAUAUAAUAACGAUGUCCGAGUAGCCAAUCAUUUAGUAUCUAAUUAUAAUGGUCAUAAUCAAGAAGUUUGUGGUCUUAAAUGGUCACCAGGAGGUCAAUAUUUAGCCAGUGGUGGCAACGAUAAUACAAUUCAAAUUUGGUCAAACAAUAUGUCAUCCAAUUCUGACAAUAAACCUGUUUUUACAUUUACUGAACAUCAAGCGGCUGUUAAGGCCCUCGCGUGGUGUCCGUGGAGACCAAGUUGUUUGGCCAGUGGUGGCGGAACUGCUGACCGAACUAUCCGUAUUUGGAAUUGUCAAAAUGGUACCAAUCUAUAUACUGUUGAUGCAAAAUCACAGGUUUCGUCAAUUUUAUGGUCUAAAGAUUACAAAGAAUUGAUAUCAUCUCACGGAUACUCAAACAAUGAAUUAAUUAUUUGGAAAUAUCCGGGUCUCGCAAAAGUAGCUGAAUUGACAGGACAUACGGCACGAGUAUUGGGAUUGGUUAUGAGCCCUGACGGCAGUACAGUGGCGUCGGUUGGCGCAGAUGAGACACUUCGCUUCUGGGAAUGCUUUCAAAUUGAUCCGCAAAAGAAAAAGAAAGUGAAUUACGGCACUAAUACUAAACUUAUUGAUAAUUCAUUGCGAUUAACGAUUCGUUGACUAUUAUUUAUGAUAAUAUUUUUCAAAUGAUUUGACAUUUCAAUAUAUAUUUACUCAAUUUAAACGAAUCACUAAACUUUUAUUUAUAUUCAUUUUUUAAUCUUUAUAUCAUUUAUUUUUAAUUAAUAGUUUCAGU